AUGGAUGGACUAAAUAGCUCCAUGGUUUCUGAAUUUGUGCUGUUAGGACUCUCUACUUCUUGGGAAACUAAAAUUUUUCUCAUGUUGAUAUUCUCCUUGAUUUACUUAGGGAUCAUCCUGGGAAACCUCUUCAUUGUAUUCUUGGUGUUCACUGAUUCAAACUUACAUUCACCCAUGUACUUCCUUCUGGCUAAUCUCUCCCUGAAUGAUGUGGGAUUUUCUUCAGUCACGAUUCCCAGGAUGAUCACAGACCUUUUAAGUGAAGACAAUGUAAUUUCUUUCCAAGGCUGUAUGACACAAAUAUGCUUCAUCCACAUCAUGGGAGGAAUGGAGUUAGUGCUGCUGAUAGCCAUGGCAUUUGACAGGUACAUAGCCAUCUGUAAGCCUCUUCAUUACUUGAGCAUUAUGAGCCCUAAAAGAUGUGUUUCAUUUGUAGCCCUUGGCUGGGUAGUAGGAGUGAUCCAUGCUAUGUCUCAGUUUUCUUUUGUUAUAAACUUGCCUUUUUGUGGUCCUAAUCAAAUAGAUAGCUUUUACUGUGACUUUCCCAGGAUAAUACAACUUGCAUGCACAGACGGAACCAAGUUUGAGUUUAUUGUUGCUGCCAACAGUGGCUUUAUAAUAGUAGGCACCUUCUUUCUGCUUCUGCUUUCCUAUGUCUUCAUUUUGAUCACAGUCUGGAAACGAUCUUCAGGGGACUUAUCCAAGGCUCUUGUCACUUUGUCAGCUCACAUCACUGUGGUUUUCCUCUUUUUCACUCCAUGUAUGUUUCUGUAUGUGUGGCCUUUCCCCACAUCGUCAAUUGACAAAUAUCUGUUUAUUGUUGACUUUGCAAUCACGCCUGCCUUGAAUCCUGUCAUCUACACAUUAAGGAACAAAGACAUAUUGAUAGCAAUACACAGAUUGGGCAAACAGAUUCAUUAUGACAGAUUUUGCUGA